AUGCUGAAUGACUCCGUCAACGAAGUGUCCGACUCCGAUGGGCCUCUGGGUGAAUCCCGCCUGCCCUCCCGCUCCGUGGCGUCUCCUGGAUCCUCGCACGUGCACGGCUCCCACGGCUCCCACGGACAACACACGCUGGGCCACUCCUUCAACCUAGGGUUCCAUCAUCUGCCCCAACAUCACCACCAGAACAACCACCAGAUGCCUCCGGCGCCGCAGGGGGCCAUCCCGUUCCCGCACGCGCUGCCGCUGCUGGACUUCUUGAGGCCGCUUUUGCAGCACAAGCUGCGGCUGACCAACAAUGUCAACCGGGUCCGGUCGAACCUGAGCUCCACCAAUCAGACCCUGCUGUACGCUAAUCUGGACUUGCGCCAGCACAGGGACAGUUUCUUGCAGAACAACCCGUUGGUGGACGAAAACAGCAAGUACUUUGGCGUGUCGUUGGCCGACGCCAUCACACAGGCUCUGGCCAAGAUCUCCAUAUUGGGCGCCACGGCCGCUCCCAAACUGGCCUCCGACGACGUGCUUCACUACGGCCGCAUCCCCGUGGUCGUGGCCAAGUGCGGUGUCUAUCUUAAGAAAAACGGCUUAAACGUGGAGGGCAUCUUCCGUGUGGGAGGCGCCUCCAAGCGUAUCAAGGAGCUCCAAAUCAUCUUUAACCUGCCGCCCGAGUUCGGCAAAAAGCUCUCCUGGGACGGCUACACCGUCCACGACGCCGCCUCCGUGCUUCGGCGCUACCUCAAUGCGCUUCCUGAGCCGCUCAUCCCGCUACAUCUCUACGACGAGUUUAGGGACCCGCUCAAAGCCCGUCCUAGAAUCAUCAAGUACAUGCGCUACAAGGCAGAAAACCCGCUGAAGGUGCGCCUGGGCUCACAGGAAAUGCUCCAAGCCCAAGCCCAAGCCAGCAGAGAACUGUCCCAAACUGCCCUCUCCGACCCUCCUCAACCACAGCAAUCCCAGCUGGUCCCACAAGCAAACCAUCCAGAACAGACGACUCAACCAACGGCACCAUUUGCACUGGAAAAAGCCAGAUCCGAGGCCAAACAGGAUAGUCCAUUGCCUACCAAGGCCCAACGCAAAGCUCGUAACUACAAGAAGCUCACGCGAGACGUGUACGAAGCCAUUGACGAGUACAAGGAGCUCCUUGACGACGUACCACAGCUCCUGAAACAGCUCCUUUUCUAUAUCUUGGACCUCCUUGCCAUGGUCCAAAGCAAUGCCCACGAGAACCUCAUGCUGGCGCGCAACUUGGCCGCCAUUUUCCAGCCGUCCAUUCUUUCCCACCCCAACCACGAUAUGGAUCCCGAUGAGUACGCUCUCUCGCAAUCUGUCGUCGAAUUCCUUAUACAAUAUGCCUACAAGCUCUUGCCCAACCAGGAGCAGUCCUCUCCGGAGCCUGCAACACCAACACCAAUAGAUACCCGGGCAAGCCCGAAGGCUGAGGCCAAGCCUGCAGCGGCUUCAUACCUCAACGCACGCACCAAUGGUAGACAGCACAGCCAGUCACUACUGUCUCCAAACCCAGACGACUUAGACCUUAUUGGUUUCCGCAACACCACCGCUCCAGGAAGAGGCGUAACGCUAUCUGACACGGAGCAAGAUUUCGCCUCUGGCUCCAGCGACGACGAAUACGUGUCUGAUGCUGGCCAGCGGCGCCCUAGACAGGCCGAGGUGCCCAAUCUUCUCUACGUGGUGAAUGCUGAUGCCAGCGACGAAGCAGCGAGUGGGGGCUACGAAUCACGCGGGUCGUCUAAAUUGUCGCCUCCCAUCAUCGUUUCUGAGGCGCCCCAGGGGUAG